GUGCCAGUUGGGGAUUGGACACAAGCGACUCCGUUUGGCAUUCUAUUUGUGAACGGCGUGAAGGCAGCAGACAAAUCAAAAGUGCUCGCAUUUUGUAAUUUUGUUCACGUUUCUUUUAAUUAAAACUCAAGUAAGACCGGCAGCAGAGCGGCAUGGAGUUGACUGACAUUCGUCUGCGCAGCAUUGUGCAGUUCGAUCCGAUCAAAAAGUCAUUCGAGCAGAGCCAAAACCUUAAGUACUUCCGGCAGCCAAACGAUUUGGAGUACCCGCUUGAUCUAAACCGGGGCUAUGACGAGUUUACCCAUCGAUGCGGCGUCUUUCCCGACCCAUUCGACCAGGUGCAGCACUACCUAAUGCAUGUGGAUCAAACGAAGCAGGUGCUGCAGCAGACUGACUUCAUUCUCCAUCGGCAUACACUCAGAAUAUUCAUAGAUGCCUCACCUGUGGUGCCCAGGGCCUAUCGCUUUCAGGCCUUUCGUUUUAAGGGCUGCAUUUUUAUAAAGUUACUUGACGAUAUGGAUAAUGAAGCGGUAUUACGGCAUUCCUAUGCCUUCAAGGCACGCCAGUAUCUACUGACAGAGCGUCUGGGGGAGGAUCCCGACACGGACACACCAAUUGAUCAAAGGAUGCAGCAGUAUGGCAUGUUCUCCGCCAAAAUCGGCCAGUUCCGGCUGCUAUACACUGGCGAGGUCACGGGCCUGUCCAACACCGAACCUCUUGGUGAUCUUACCGAUCAACAAGAGUUGGACAAGUGUCGCCAGACUAACAUACGGGUCGUUAGGGAGCAGAUUUCCUGGCGCUCUACCUUUCGUUACGACGUUUGGGUUAGACAGGCCUAUUUGAGCGGCGUCCAUCAACUGGUUGUGGCCAGCUUCGAUGACCACGGACAGGUGGUGCGGCCAAUCGAAGUGGAAUCUAUGGAAACCCUGCUUAAGCAGAGCGAUAGACUAAACAUCGGGAACCGCGUCCAGCGUAUACACCAGUUCCUGGAGAUGAUCAGUCAGAAGCUGGAGGAUCUCGACAAUCCGGCUGUGAGCGUUAGGUUCCAACUUAUCGGCGAGAACCUGGUCUUCGAGGAGGCCCUCGACACCGAGUUUAUUGAUUAUGUAAAUCAACUAUAGACGUUGCUCGGUAUACAUACUAAACCAAACUAUAUCAAGCCAUAAAUUUACAUGGUAUCAGCGACGCCAUAACUUCCUUCGACAACAUAAUAUAAUGUCCUUGCAUAUGAGUACAAAGGAUGUGAUUAAAAUUUAAAACCAUGAAGAACCAUAAGUAUAGCUCUGAAGGGCAAAGCUAAUAUUAUGUUUAUUUCAAUAAAUGUAUGUACUAUAUCCCCAUAAAA